AUGUCUGUAGAUGCGCUGGAUAGCUUUAUAACAAACUCAGUGACCCUCUUGGAGGCUAAUCCUUCAGAGACUGUUUUAUCUGUUACAUACAAUCCCAAAGCCAAGUCAGGGAAAGUUGCGUUCAAAACCCACAACUCAAAGUUGUCAACUCGUUUCAAGUUUACUACGUCCAGAUCAAAAGAUGUAUCGCGGCUUCUGAGUGCUCUAGGGCCCCGCGGCGUGUCGAUCAACAACGGAAAAAUCGAAAAGAAGAGAACAGGCAAAAAGGUGCAGGCAGUCGGUGGAAUGAGUACUCUGCUAGCUAAUGUUGAUGUUCCAGAGGCUUUGGAGGAGCCCAUCCAGCAAGCUAAGCCGUCAAAGCCUGCGUCUGGGAAAAAGAAGAAGAACAAGAAGCGUUAA